CCAGCCUCUAGAAGCUGCUGCCACCUGAUCCCGACAUAAAUUGCAGCAGCAGCAGCCGCCAGGGCCUGGCUGCUUCUGCAAUUACUAUUCUUAUUCUUAUUCUUAUUUUUAUUCUUCCUCCUCCCCUCCUGCCUGGGGCAUCCCUGGUGUGCAGGGGCCUGUCGCUUUAAGAAGCUCAGCCUUGCCUCCCUCUGUUUAAAUCCCCUGCACAUCCUCCUCUCCCCCAGAUCCCAGCCAUGUCCACCAGCCAAGCCUACAACGAGGAGAAGGGGGGCUCCUCCAGCCUGGGGGAGCCCGAGUAUGGCCACGAUCCUGCCAGCGGGGGCAUCUUCUCUUCUGAUUACAAAAGGCAUGAUGACCUGAAGGAGAUGCUGGACAGCAACAAGGACUCUCUGAAGCUGGAGGCCAUGAAGAGGAUUGUCGCUAUGAUCGCCCGGGGGAAGAACGCGUCUGACCUCUUUCCAGCUGUUGUAAAAAAUGUGGCUUGCAAGAAUAUCGAGGUGAAGAAGCUGGUGUAUGUCUACCUGGUGCGAUACGCAGAGGAACAGCAGGACCUGGCCUUGCUCUCCAUCUCCACCUUCCAGCGGGGACUAAAGGAUCCCAACCAGCUGAUCAGAGCCAGUGCCCUGCGGGUCCUGUCCAGCAUCCGUGUGCCCAUCAUCGUGCCCAUCAUGAUGCUGGCCAUCAAGGAGGCGGCAUCGGACAUGUCCCCAUAUGUGCGCAAGACUGCUGCUCACGCCAUCCCCAAGCUGUACAGCCUGGACUCGGACCAGAAGGACCAGCUGAUUGAGGUGAUUGAGAAGCUGCUAGCAGAUAAGACCACGCUGGUGGCAGGCAGUGUGGUGAUGGCCUUUGAGGAGGUCUGCCCUGAGCGGAUCGACUUGAUCCACAAGAACUACCGGAAGCUGUGCAACCUGCUGAUUGAUGUGGAGGAGUGGGGCCAGGUGGUGAUCAUCAACAUGCUGACCCGCUAUGCCCGCACCCAGUUCCUCAGCCCCAACCAGAAUGAAUCCCUGCUGGAGGAGAAUGCGGAGAAGGCCUUCUACGGCUCUGAUGAGGAGGAUGCCAAGGAUGACAAGACAGAGACCGCCUCCCUGGUGAAGCGCAAGCCCUACGUCAUGGACCCUGACCACCGCCUGCUGCUGCGCAAUACCAAGCCCCUGUUGCAGAGCCGCAAUGCUGCUGUGGUCAUGGCUGUAGCUCAGCUCUACUUCCACCUGGCACCCAAGGCAGAGGUCGGAGUCAUUGCCAAGGCACUAGUGCGUCUCCUGAGGAGUCACAGUGAGGUGCAGUAUGUGGUGCUGCAGAACGUGGCCACAAUGUCCAUUAAGCGGAGGGGGAUGUUCGAGCCUUAUCUGAAGAGCUUCUACAUCCGGUCCACGGACCCCACCCAGAUUAAGAUCCUCAAGCUGGAAGUUCUGACGAACCUUGCUAAUGAAACCAACAUCUCCACUAUCCUGCGUGAGUUCCAGACCUACAUCCGGAGCAUGGACAAGGACUUUGUGGCAGCCACCAUCCAGGCCAUCGGACGCUGCGCCACCAACAUUGGGAAGGUCCGAGACACCUGCCUAAAUGGGCUGGUCCAGCUCCUGUCCAACAGAGAUGAACUGGUCGUGGCUGAGUCUGUGGUCGUCAUUAAGAAGCUGCUGCAGAUGCAGCCCUCUCAGCAUAGUGAGAUCAUCAAGCACAUGGCCAAGCUGACUGACAACAUCCAGGUGCCCAUGGCACGGGCCAGCAUCCUGUGGCUGAUUGGGGAGUACUGCGAGCACGUGCCUAAGAUCGCGCCUGAUGUGCUGCGCAAGAUGGCCAAGUCCUUCACCAAUGAGGAGGACAUUGUCAAGCUGCAGGUCAUCAACCUGGCAGCCAAGCUCUACCUGACCAACUCCAAGCAGAGCAAACUGCUGACCCAGUACGUGCUGAACCUGGCCAAGUACGACCAGAACUACGACAUCCGAGACAGGGCCCGCUUCAUCCGCCAGCUCAUCGUGCCCACAGAGAAGAGCGGAGCCCUCAACAAGUACGCCAAGAAGCUCUUCCUGGCCCAGAAGCCCGCCCCCAUCCUGGAGUCCUCCUUCAAAGAUCGGGACCACUUCCAGCUGGGCUCGCUCUCGCACCUCCUCAAUGCCAAAGCUGUGGGCUACCAGGAGCUACCUGACUGGCCGGAUGAGGCCCCUGACCCAUCUGUGCGGAACGUGGAGGUUCCUGAAUGGACCAAGUGCACCAGCCGGGAGAAGAGGAAAGAGAAGGUGGAGAAACCAUUCUACUCUGACUCAGAGGGGGAGUCCGGGCCCACAGAGUCUGCAGACAGUGAGCCUGAGUCAGUCAGUGAGUCGGAGAGUGAGAGUGGCAGUGGCACCGAGAGUGGCUCUGGCUCGGGGAGCGAAGAAGAGGAGGAGGAGAGCGGGGACCAGUCUGAAGAGGAAGAGAAGGAGAAGAAGAAGAAGAAGAAGAAAAAGAAGGAAAAGGAAUUACCCUGGAAAGCAUCCCUGGAGAGCAUGGGGAGCAGCCCCAGCGAGGAGGAGGAGGAGGAGGGGAAGAAGGCAAAGAAGAAGAAGCCACAGCAUGACAGGAAAGGCGGUUCUGAGUCCUCGUCUGAGGAGGGCAGCGUCUCUGAGAGCAGCUCAUCUGAGUCAGACUCGGGUUCAGACGCAGAGGAGUCCCAGUCGGAGACAGAGACCAAGAGGAGAAAGACGCCUCCCAGCAGCAAACCUGCACCAAAGGCUGCCAAGAAAGGGACCAAGGAGAUCUCCUUACUGGACCUGGAUGACUUCGCACCCUCUCCUCCCCUGCCUACCUCCUCCAGCAGUCUUGUCUCCAGCAGCCUGGUGACCGACCUGGAGGGACUCACUCUCAUCGACACUUCUCUGGCUUCUACUGUGAUCAGCCCUGUGUUCAGUUCUGUGAAGACUUAUGAGCUGCUCCACCGAAUGACAGGCGAGGGGCUCUCUGUGGAGUACUACUUUAGCCGGCAGCCCUUCGCCCCCGAUCCACACAUGGUGGCUGUCCAGAUCCAGUUCUCCAACAACACGGACUCAGAAGUGAAGAACGUGCGCAUCAGUGAGCCCAAACUGCUCUCUGGCAUGAGGGUGCAGGAGUUCAAGGAGAUUGAGUCACUUGCCCCUGGCGAGACUACCAGCGUGGUUAUGGGCAUCGACUUCUGUGACUCCACCCAGGCCGCCAACUUCCAGCUGUGCACCCACACCCGGCAGUUCUACGGCGCCAUCCAGCCACCCGUGGGAGAGCUCAUGGCUCCCGUGUUCAUGAGUGAAAAUGAGUUCAAGAAGGAGCAAGGAAAGCUGACAGGCAUGAGCGAGAUCACAGAGAAGCUGACGUUACCAGAGACAUGCCAGAGUGACCACACAAUCGUCCAGCGAGUGACCUCAGCAGCUAAUGUCAGCCGUGUGCCCUGCGGGGCAGACAAUGAGUACAGGUUUGCUGCCAAGACGGUGACCAGUGGAAGCCUUGUCCUCAUCACCCUAGAGAAAAAGGAGGGAGCCCUGGCACAACUGACUGUCAACAGUGAGAAGAUGGUGAUCGGCACCAUGCUGGUGAAGGACAUUAUCCAGGCCUUGACGCAGUGACUGGAAGGCAGCUCCUCUGAUUCCUCCCCCCGAGAUGCAUCACAGACAGCACCCUGACCACCCCCUAGCAUCUACUGAGAUCUCACGCCUGCCCCAUCCCUGGUACCACACCUCUCUGCUCCUUCUCCAUUGGCUGGCCGUGGUGACUGACAGACCUGCUGUUCCUCCUAUUUCUUUCCAUGGCUUGAUCCAAGCUUUGGGAAUGAGGUAGGACUGCCCUCUGCCCCUUCUUGUCCCCUCUAGUACCUCCAGUGCCCUGGAGGUGUUUUGUUCUGCCCAAAGCCCUGCUGAGGAGGAACACCAGGUACAGGAGACAAGAGAGGGAAGUUCACAAAGACUACAAAAAUGCAGAUCUGGCAGAUGGAUGAGCAAAGGGUGGAAGGCAAGGCAGUGUCUCUAAAAACAAAAACGGUAGCUUGUGGGCAGCAGCCAAUGGAAAGCAAGCCCUGUGGGCACCCUGGGUGAUGUGGAAGCUUCUGCCCCAGGGCUGUGGCCGUGGCCAUGGCCAUGGGUCCUGCUGUGAAGUCGUUCUGUGCUGGUCUCAGUGUAGUGUAGCUCUAUUUAUUAUGGACAGGACCUUCCCAAUAAAAACCUCCUU